AUGCCGUCCGAAAUACUUACCCGGGCCGAGGUCGCUAAGCACAAUACCGAAGAAUCCCUGUGGUGUAUCAUCGACCACCGCGUCUAUGAUCUGACUGAUUUCGUGGACGCUCACCCGGGCGGGUCCGUCGUCCUCGCCCAGGUAGCUGGCCAAGAUGCCACAACUGACUUCUACAAUCUGCACCGCCAGGAAGUGUUGGAGAAAUACCGGGAUCAGCUAUGCAUCGGAACUAUCGAGGGCGAAAAGCCUGAGGUUAUCGAGCCCAAGAUCGGCGCAGUCAGCACUGUGCCGUAUGCGGAGCCGCUGUGGUUGCGCCCGCAAUUCAAGAACCCUUAUUACAAGGAGAGCCAUCGUCGGCUACAAAAAGCAAUGCGCGAGUUCACCGAUCAAUAUGUCACCCCCGAAGCGCAGGAGAAGGAAAGAGAUGGCACAUAUAUUAGUCAAGAGUUGAUCGAUCGUAUGGCCGAGACAAAUAUCUUGGCGAUGCGUUUGGGCCCUGGCAAGCACCUUCACAACCGCAAGCUUUUUGGAGGCCUUGUGGACGGAAAGGAGUUUGAUUAUUUCCAUGACAUGAUUGUCGCACAGGAAACUGUGCGCGCCAACGCUCGAGGUUUCCAAGACGGCAAUAUGGCUGGCAUGACUAUUAGUCUUACAGCUGUGCAACAGUGGCUACGUGACCCUGUGCUGAAGGAGAAGGUGACAGAGGAGGUCUUGUCUGGAAAGAAAAAGAUGUGCCUUGCGAUCACCGAGGCUUUCGCUGGUAGUGACGUUGCGGGUCUGAAGACCACUGCUGAAAAGACACCGGAUGGCAAGUUCUAUAUUGUCAAUGGCACCAAGAAGUGGAUUACCAACGGCAUGUUUGCCGACUACUUUGUCACCGGAUGCAAGACCGAGAAGGGAUUCACCGUGCUCUUGAUUCCCCGCGAUGGCGGCGUUGAUACCAAGCAAAUCAAGACUUCAUACUCGACUACCGCCGCAACCGCUUUCGUGCAGUUUGAGAAUGUCAAGGUGCCGGUGGGCAACAUUCUCGGCCAAGAGCACAAGGGAUUCGCGGUCAUCAUGUCAAAUUUCAACCACGAGCGUUGGUACAUGACAUCAGCUGUUUGUCGUAGCAUGACCAUGGUAGUGGAAGAGUGUCUCAAGUGGUGCAACCAGCGGAUGGUGUUUGGAAAGAAAUUGGCUGAACAACCGGUCAUACGCCAAAAGCUUGCUCGCAUGAUCUCCCUUGCCGAAGCCCACCAGGCCUGGCUCGAGUCCAUCACCUACCAGAUGUGCAAUUUGUCCUAUGCCGAACAGGCGAAGCACCUGGCUGGUCCAAUUGGCCUGCUCAAGUCUAGCUCAACUCGUGCCGCUCAAGAGGUUGCCGAUAUGGCUGUCAAUAUCUUUGGCGGACGUGGUUUGACCCAAAGCGGUAUGGGUAAGGUUAUUGAAAUGUUCCACCGUGGGUAUAAGUUUGAUGCUAUCUUGGGUGGCACGGAAGAGAUUCUUGCUGAUUUGGGAGUGCGGCAAGCGAUGAAGGACUUCCCCAAGGCGAUGCUUUAG